AUGUCCAGAUCAGGAGUUCAAGUUGCUGAUGAAUCAUUGACUGCUUUCAACGAUUUGAAAUUGGGUAAGAAAUACAAGUUUGUAAUCUACACCUUGAACGACGCCAAAACCGAAAUUGUUGUUGAUGAAACUUCCACUGAAUCGGAUUACGACACUUUUUUGGAAAAGUUGCCAGAAAAUGAGUGUAAAUACGCCGUCUAUGACUUUGAGUAUGAAAUUGGUGGAGGUGAAGGUAAGAGAUCUAAGAUUGUAUUCUUCACUUGGUCACCAGACACCGCACCUGUCAGAUCCAAGAUGGUUUACGCUUCAUCCAAAGAUUCAUUGAGAAGAGCUUUGAACGGUGUAGCCGCUGAUGUCCAAGGUACCGAUUUUUCGGAAGUUGCCUACGAAUCCGUUUUGGACAGAGUCAGCAAGGGUGCUGGAUCUCACUAG